AAGCGGGUUUCUAUGUGACGUCGGUAGCCUUAUCCAAUCCGCUCGUCGUUUUGCCGGUAGGGGCGUUGCUGUGACGUCACGGAAGGACAAAUUCAUUAGGUCUGGAGGACGAUCGCUCUCUGUUAGCCGGUGAGGGGGCUGGUGAACGCCAUCUUGUAGGUUGCCGCCAAAAUGUAUUCCUCCGUUUCGCAGUUAGCGCGGACCAACCCUUUCAAUGCUCCCCACUUUCAGUUGGUGCAGGAUUCUGUAACAUCAAGGAAAAGCAAUGUCCCCCAAGCAAAGCCAAGCCGUCAGCUCGCUGCUGCUGCUGUUCAAGAUGCAGGUGAAUUCAGUUGUGAAUAUGGCUCAACACAGUUUUAUGCAUAUUGUGGCUUUGGUGGAAUCCUGAGUUGUGGUAUAACCCACACUGCUGUCGUACCCCUGGAUUUGGUCAAAUGUCGUCUUCAGGUUGACCCCCAAAAAUACAAGAGCAUCUUCAACGGCUUUUCCAUUACCAUUAAAGAAGAUGGUGUCCGUGGUCUUGCGAAGGGAUGGGCUCCAACUUUCAUUGGAUAUUCAAUGCAAGGCCUGUGCAAGUUUGGUUUCUAUGAAGUGUUCAAGAUACUGUACUCUAAUAUGUUGGGCGAGGAAAAUACCUACAUGUGGCGUACAUCUCUCUACCUGGCUGCGUCUGCCAGUGCUGAGUUCUUUGCUGAUAUUGCUCUGGCUCCAAUGGAAGCUGCAAAAGUACGCAUUCAGACACAACCAGGCUAUGCUAAUACUUUAAGACAAGCUGCUCCCAAAAUGUUUGCUGAAGAAGGCAUCUGGGCGUUUUACAAAGGUGUUGUUCCUCUCUGGAUGAGGCAGAUUCCAUACACAAUGAUGAAAUUCGCUUGCUUUGAACGUACUGUUGAAGCUCUCUACAAGCAUGUCGUGCCCAAGCCCAGAAAUGAAUGUUCAAAGUCUGAGCAGUUGGUUGUCACUUUUGUGGCUGGUUAUAUUGCUGGUGUCUUCUGUGCUAUUGUCUCUCAUCCUGCUGAUUCUGUGGUCUCUGUACUUAACAAGGAAAAGGGAAGCACUGCUGUGGAAGUUCUGAAAAGACUUGGGCCUAAAGGUGUCUGGAAGGGUUUGACUGCCCGUAUUAUUAUGAUUGGUACCUUGACUGCCUUGCAGUGGUUCAUCUAUGACUCUGUGAAGGUUUACUUCAGACUUCCUCGUCCUCCUCCCCCUGAGAUGCCAGAAUCCUUGAAGAAGAAGCUUGGGCUCACUCAGUAAACUUGGACUGAAAUCAUGAAAAACUCCCCCAACAUUUUCAAGAGGCGUUUUUAUAAAUUCAACUAAAUAGGACCUGCAGUUGUUUCAGAUGUAAUUAUUGGUUGUGUUCUCGCCUUGCCCCAUAGCCCACACACUAACUUGGUUUUACCGCUGUACUUAUCUGUUGAAAUAAACAGAUGACCGAG